AUGAAGCUCUUCCUCGCGGUUCUGGCCAUUUUCGGGGCCCUCGCCUCUGCGGAGACCCUGGACGAGUGUCUGCAGCAGGACAGCAUUUCCUGCGUGCAGAGGAGCCUCUACAGGAAGGCCAAGGAGUUCUUCGGCAAGGACACCCUGGAGAUAGUCAACGGAGUCAGUCUCGUCAAAGCAGAGGACAGAGGAGCCAAGAGCGGGAAACAGCUGAUCUACGACCAGGAGAUCGAAACCGCAAAUUCCGUCGUGGAGAGGCAAAACGUCCUGGAGAACUUCGUCGGGGAGGAAGCCGGAGAGUUCCUGGCUGGUCGGAGCCUGAAGAUCAACUUUGCUCCUGCAAUCGAGAGGAUCGGCGAAUCUGCGAGGGCUCUGACCGAGUCCGUUCCCCAAGAGAUCAGACAAGCCGUGGAUGAAGUCGUGGAAGGUCGAGGCAAGAAAAAGUUGCUGAAGUCGAUCCUGCCACUGCUGAUCGCCGCGAAGGUGAAGAUCGGCGCCUUGGCGACUUUGGCCUAUUUCGGAAUCGCGCUUUUGGCAAAGAAGGCGAUAAUCGCGUCACUGAUAUCCAUUGCCAUCUCCGCAUUCUUGGGCCUGAAGUCCUUGUGGUCGAAGGGUGGACACGACGUGACGCCCUACAGUGGAGGGUGGUCCGGUGGUGGUGGCGGUGGUUGGGCCGCUCCAGUAUCCGGAGGAUGGUCUUCUUCAGGAUCUGCAGGAUGGGACGAUCCCCAUGGGUCGUAUUCCGCCCAGAGCCAGGCCUACUCUGGAUACCACCACUGA